UGCACUACUAUUGAGGCUCGAUUAGGACGCAUGCGCCCACCUUGCGAUGAAAAAGAGAGACACUGAGCCCGACAGCAAUGAUCAUCUUGAUGGAGAAGCGUAAAGUGUCACUUUUGAGACUACUUGUAGAGAAAUGUUAGCCAUGGAGGAUUAUACUGAUCGAGUAUGGAGGAACGUUUUAAAUGAAGGAACACCAUUGAUAAUACUAAAAGUGUCUCUGUCAUGUGAUCAAGCCUGGCCAAUCACAGCGAACCAAAGGAAGAGGACGUUUGGCUCUUUGUUCGGAUAUUUUUUCAACUCUAUUCUUAAAUCCGAGCAUGAAACUCGAAGGAUACCGCAUCGAGUGGACACGGGGAUGUGUGGAUAUGCUUAAAUGAGUGUUUGCUUUGCGUAAUGCCACGUGUUCAAGUGUGAUUAACUGUGCGCUUGGGCGUAUUUCGUCACAUGACUCCCCUCCCCCACCCUGUGCUGGGAAUCGUGGAAGAAGGCGGACAUAUUGGAGGGAAAUGUGUUGGUUAAAGAGUAUCGAGAUGGAAGACAAGAAGAUUAUUUGAAGAAAAGGUUUCGCUUUGAUUUGGGAUUUACCAGUCGUUAUUUGAUAUUAACUCUAACUUUGAGAUUUUUUAUAUUUUUAAAAUAUAUAUUAAUUUAUUUUUCCUUUGGAUUUUUUUCCUCAAACUUUUUGACACAAAGUUUCUUGGUGGUUUCAGUGAAUUAAGUUGUCAACACUUGUGCUAAUGCAAUAUUGUUUUAAGGAUACAAGUGUUACUUUCAACGUUUAUUUGAGUGACAUUGCAGAGCAGCUGUAACCUUGGUGUGGGGGAUGGGCGCAUGUGAUUAGGUAACCUCUUUGUAUGGUCGUGGAAUUUUGAGUUUCAGUCGUUUUUGCUUCAAAUACAUUUCGUAUAAAGGUUUGUUAUCUCGGUAAUGCUAAUCUUUGUCAGUGUUUAUAGUUUUGUGUUUGAAUUACUCAUUUACAGUCUCAAACGCCAAGUUUGGUUUGUACAAUUUAAAUUGGAUAAUAUUUCAAAUUUCAUUCAGCUGUAGUGUGUUUUGUCUGUUUGGUAGAAAACAACUGUGUACUUCGAUAAAUGUGGCUUCAGAUCAGUGGUAGAAACUGCUGCGUCAUUCAGUGGAUAGUUAGUAUGGUAGCAUGUAUGGUUAGUUAUUGUAUAUGUUGGAUGAUGUAAAUGGCGUCUUGUUCCUCAUUGUUGUAUAUUAAGUUGAUUAAGUGAGAUUUGUUUUCUUUGUUAAUCAUGUCCAUGCUGGAAACGGAGAGGCCUUUGACUGACUGUGUUCUGAAUCACAGGCUCUCUUUUAUCAGCGAUUUGGAUGUUUAUUAUAGGUAUAUGUUGACGGAAUUUAGUUAAUUGUGGUUUGUGUGACCUUUUGUCCGGCAUAUUAUAAGUAUUUCGACUUUAUACUUUGGUUUCACUGUACUUCAAGAUGGCGACCGAGCGCCUGUUGUGUUACAGAAAUGCGGAUAUUCUGGUAAGAAGCGAUCUCUUGGGGAGAGGCCUGUAGCUCCUGAGGAGUACACGUGACCCAGUAGAAGAACCAAUUGGAUUGUUGGCAUUUGCUUCGGAAGCCCGCGUUACUGUUGAUUCGACCAAUCACCGCCGCCGCUUUGCACACGUUGACGUAAUGUAAUACGAUAAGUAGAAGGGUGGUUUUGGUGUUCCUCCAUUUUGUACACUAUCCAAUGAAGAGCCAGUUUGAGGCAACGUCUCUGUUGUGUUGGGUCGACUCAACCAACAGCAUCGCUGAUCUCGAUUGAUUGACAGUUAACCUUGCGAAUAGGUUGGGUCGAAAGCCUGUCAGUGGAACUCCAGCGUGCAGGGGUGUGGAGACUUUGACGGACGUCUCCGGUAGCCAAUAGAAACGCAGAGGGCGCGGACAUAUUGAGGAGGUCUAUCCAAUAGAGUGAGCUGUUGGUCUAUAAAAGCACGGGUGUAGUCGCAGAGUCGCCAUUUCAACGAAGCGCAUUGGAAGGUGGUCGUCGUGGCGGGGAACGGAAUCAUUGACGAACCGUGACGGAUCCUGGUUUGAGUCUAGGGUUAAACACAAUCCGGAUCCAUCCUCAUGGAUAUGGCUGUUAACCCGCCUCUUGACAGCUCCCACAUUGGGGUUGAGAUGGGCAUAAUGGGAGUCACACCGGUGGACCAGGGCUCUGGUAUGGCUGGAAAACGCAUCCGAAAACCGUCACUGCUCUACGAGGGCUUUGAGAGUCCUGGAAUGCCCCCCAUCAGUCAUGUGACCCUACUGGGACCCCCACAACCCCCUGUGAAAGACCCCACCCGCCAGGGGAAGAUGACCAACCAACUUCAAUUUCUGCAGAAAGUCCUGCUUAAGUCUCUGUGGAGGCAUCACUUUGCUUGGCCAUUCCAUGAACCUGUAGAUGCAUCCAAGCUCAACCUGCCAGACUAUCACAAGAUCAUUAAAAACCCCAUGGACAUGGGUACAAUUAAGAAGAGACUUGAAAAUAACUACUACCGCAGUGCCAGUGAGUGUAUGCAGGAUUUCAACACGAUGUUUACCAACUGCUACAUUUAUAAUAAGCCGACAGACGACAUUGUCCUGAUGGCUCAGUCUCUGGAGAAGGCAUUCUUGCAGAAAGUGGCCCAGAUGCCCCAGGAGGAGUUGGAGCUACCUCCACCGCCUCCACGGAGCAAACCAGCCAAACUUGGCAGAAAAGGCAGAGGUAAUGCAGUCUCUGGAGGAGUGACGACAGCUCAUCAGGUCCCAGCUGUCUCUCAGUCUGCAUACUCACCUCCCACUCCAGAAACCCCUGACUCCAUCGUCUCUACCCCUCCACAAACACUUGUGAGCAAGAGCUUGCUGCCCAUGCUUCCAGCUGAACAAAGCAUCCCCACCAUCACGAGUUUGCCUCCUACACAGCCCACUGCCAAGAAAAAGGGAGUAAAGAGGAAAGCAGACACAACCACUCCCACCACUGUAGCCAUGCCGAUUAUGAGCACAAUGGGCGUAAGCGGCAUCAGCCUGGGGAUGGGCGAUGGACACAACUCGCCACUCACCCUGACAUCUCUUGGGAUGGACCACAACUCUGCCCUUGGGAUGAACCAAGGUCUCAGCCUCAGCCAUGGGAUGGGAAUGGGGAUGGGGAUGGGGAUGGGAAUGGGAAUGGGAAUGGGUAUGGGCAUGGGCAUGGGAAUGGGCAUGGGGCUUGGGAUGGACAUGGACAUGGACAUGGGAAUGGGCCAUGGUACAGUCAUGAUGGAUGCCAAAGCAGCAGCAAACAGUAGAAGAGGAGUGAGCGGCCGCCCCAUCAAGCCUCCAAAAAAGGAUUUGCCAGACUCUAUUGUGCCUCCACCAGUGCGCCGCAGCAAGCUGAGUCCACAGCUUCGCUACUGCAGUGGCGUCCUGAAGGAGCUGUUGUCGAAAAAGCAUGCAGCGUACGCGUGGCCGUUCUACAAGCCUGUCGAUGCCACGUCACUUGGUCUUCACGACUACCAUGACAUCAUCAAACAACCCAUGGACCUCAACACCAUCAAGCAAAAGAUGGACAGCAGAGAGUAUCGUGAUGCCCAGCAGUUUUCAGCUGAUGUCCGACUGAUGUUCUCAAACUGCUACAAGUACAACCCUCCUGACCAUGAUGUGGUGGCCAUGGCCAGAAAACUCCAGGACGUCUUUGAGUUCUGUUUUGCUAAGAUGCCGGAUGAGCCACCAGCACCGCCCAGCUCCUCUUCUUCUUCCUCCUCUUCUUCAUCAUCAUCAGAAAGUGAGGUCAGCAGUGAAAGUGAGGACAGUGAGAGCAGCCCUAGCUCCGACUCGGAGGAAGAGCGAGCAAACCGUUUGGCAGAACUGCAGGAACAGCUAAAAGCUGUGCACGAGCAGCUCACAGCUCUCUCCCAGGGCCCCAUUGUCAAGCCCAAGAAAAAGAAGGAGAAGAAAGACAAGAAAAAGAAGAAGAAGGUAGAAAAAGAGAAGCAUCGGAGGAUAGAGGAAGAGCUACUGCCUAUUAAACCAGUGAAGACGCCAAAAAUAACCAAGACUCCAAAAACAAAAAGCAGCCGAGCAGGAGUGGGCUGUCCAGUGAUACCGAUGAAGAAAGCACCAAGCAAGAAAAACAACAAGAGCAAAACCAAAAAGAGCAGCGUGAUAUUUAGUGCGCCGCCGCCGCUCCAGACCGCCAUCGUGAGUCAUUUUGACUCGGACGAAGAGGAGGAGACGACGCCCAUGUCGUAUGACGAGAAGCGUCAGCUCAGCCUGGACAUCAACAAGCUGCCCGGUGAGAAGCUGGGCCGUGUCGUUUACAUCAUCCAGUCCCGCGAGCCCUCGCUCAGAGACACCAACCCUGAGGAGAUUGAGAUUGACUUUGAAACACUGAAGCCAUCUACGCUGCGGGAGCUGGAGAGAUACGUCAUGACGUGCCUGAGGAAAAAACCCCGAAAACCAUAUGCAAGUAGUAAGAACAGUGCUGGAAAAUCACGUGAAGAGCUCGCUCUUGAGAAGCAGCUGGAGCUAGAGAGAAGGCUGAUGGACGUCAGUGGUCAGCUGAACUCUGGAAAGAAGCCUCCAAAGACCAAACCAGAUAAACCUGCAGCUGAAACCCACACCCAGCCAUCACGCCUCAGUGCCAGCAGCUCCUCCUCAGACUCUUCCUCGUCAUCAUCUUCCUCCUCAUCCUCGGACACAAGCGACUCAGACUCAGGCUGAGAAGCAGUGACGGGUCUGAGGAAUUGUGUGAUGGACAUUCGCUUCCCACUGAGAGGACUGAAUCUGUAGUAGAGCUACUUACGUCGGGGCUGCUGAGGAGGAAUUCAACAAAACCAUCAUGAAGCGUCUAAUCUAAAAAGCGAGGGGGCCAGAGCUUUCUCUGCACUCAGCUCAUUCAUCCAGUCCUGGACACACUAGUGGAGGAUGGAUGGAUGAAUGAAUGAGUGGAUCAUAGAAGAAUUGUGUUAAGCCCCAUCCAUUCUCUGGAGAACUGGCCUUGUUGGGCAGAGUGAGGGAUGUUCCUUCUCCCACAGAUAAAGGAGAAGAGCACUGCAUACGCUGGAGGGAUUAAGGUGCUAGAGCCAGAAUUUUGUCUUAUUUCUGGAGAUAAUUUCCCUUCUUACCGUGCUCCCUGUCCUUGUGCUGUAUAGAUGACGUGUACAGUUGUAUAAAUAUCUAUUUUUCUUUUAUAAAGAAGCAUUUUAUGGAGCGACUUAUCCCUCAUUCUGGGAACGAUGAACUGGUGUGUGGGCGGAGCUGUGGUUUGUUUAGUAUUUUUUUGUUUUUGUUUUGAGUGACAGGGGAAGUGUGUGUGUGUGUGUGUGUGUGUGUGUGUGUGUGUGUGUGUGUGUGUGUGUGUGUGUGUGUGUGUGUGUGUGUGUGUGUGUGUGUGUGUGUGUGUGUGUGUGUGUGUGUGUGUGUGUGUGUGUGUGUGUGUGUGUGUGUGUGUGUGUGUGUGUGUGUGUGCGAGAAUGAUGCAGCACCGCAGCAAAUGCAGCCUUGUGAAGUCCCUCAUAGUUUUGACGCAGGCGUUGAAAAAUCAGUCUGCACGCAGAAGCACCUUGGUUCAGAAGAAAACAAUGCAUGCAAUACAGAGGAGCUGACAAACACCUGCAUAACUUAUGUACUACUUUCCUGCAUCCUUGUGUUCUCAUGUACUUGUCUGAAAGGCUUGGCCACUGUACAGAAAUGUGACAUCAUUACACAUGAGUUUGUUAGUAAAUAUUUCUGUUCCCGUGUCAGCUGUUUCUGUUUCCCCCCUCAUUUCUCUGUAAAAGUGUUGCUUUUUCUCUUCCUGUGACCAAUCUGCUAAUAAAUUGUGAGGACGCAUCUUGUCCACUUACCCCUGCCCAUAAAACGUCCUGGUCUACUUUUUUUUUUCUUCUUGGUGUUCAGAUAUGAACAGAUUAGCGAGACAAAAACUUACCCGUGGACCAUCACAGUGUCACAAAAAUGAAAACGGAGUAAGAUCUAUGACAGCUGAAAGAAAAAAAUUCUAUACUAUUCUAUUGAAGAGAAAGUCAAGUUUUUAUUAAUGGGGUAAAAAUACUUAGUAAUGUGAUGUUAGUAAGGUCUUAACUGUGAAUUCAAUGAGACAACGGCAGGUUAACAAGUGGAUGGUUGAAAAUGUUUUUUUUAAUUUUAUUUAACAAAAAAACAGCAUCAUUGGGUGGAAAAGGUUGGUUUAAGGUUGAGAAUUAAUGCACUGUUUGUUUUGGUGGUAGUACUAAAAAAAGUGAUUUAGGUAUUGGUGUGUAUCAGAUUUUCUUUUUUCUUUUGAAACUUUAUGGCUUGAGUUUAGACUAUUCUGUGUUUGAUUAUUUAUUUAGGAUCAUUUUGAAUGGAGAUUAUUUUGUUUUCGUAGUUUGGAAAGUGGUGAAAUGCUUUUAAAUUGAAGUCUAUGAAAUAAACAGAUUAGCUGUGUAGAUUGAAGGAUUCAUUAUUUGAGCUCAUUUUUAGUUUCAUCCCUAAGUUAAAAAAUUAUGUUUCCUUCUAUGUUUUUUUCUUUGCUCCAGAACACAAAUCUACUCCAGUUUAAAUAACUCUACCUGACUCCCAGUAUCUCACCUGAAUAUCUGUACAUAAAUAAACUGAGAUUUCCAUCGUU